AUGGGUGUGUGCGGAGGUAAGCCAUAAAAAAGAAGCAAAAAACCUUACAUUAUCCCUAAGACAUUAGAAUAACAAUGUAUGACAUGUAUCUGAGUUAGUUAAUGCUAUUGAAAUUGAUUUGCUUUAUCUGAUAUAUUAGGACCUAGCAUCCAGAAACAUAGAAAAUCUAGUCAACAAGACUGCUUUUACUGAUUUCUUUACAAUGAUUGGAUUGUGGGGCGAACUUGUUUUUGACUAUUUUAACUAAGAGAACCAUAGCCUAUUGAAUUUCGAGCAAUUUCUAAAAGGAGUGGUCCAUUAUAUCAAAUGCGAUGAAGACUAAAAAAUUUAGCAUCUUUUUAAAUUAUACGAUUUAGAUAAAUAAGGAUUGAUUAGAAAAUCUGAGUUUCUUCAAAUGGUAAAAAUAACAAUAAUAAAUUAGAUAUAAAAUUAUCCAAGAGAUGACUUAAUAAAAUUACUUGACGACCCUAUGUUCUUGGAGGAUCUAAAAAUCCUCAAGUAUUAUGAGACCAAGGAGAUGAUUAAUCAGAAAAAAAAUUAACCCAAAAGAGCAGAUGAAUAAGAGUUUACAGAAUCAGGUAAUCAAAAUUAACAUGGCAUUAGUCCAUGCAAUUCAGAGAAAAAACUCAAUGAGUGGAGAGAUGUAAUCUAUAUAAGGGGCUAAAUCAGGGGAAUCUGCUGUAGGAUCAUCAAGUAAUUUGCCAGCAUUCAAUGAACAAAGUGUUGUGAUGAUGUUCCCAAAUGAAAGCAUGAUUGGACCUACAGGAGUUCCCAUGGGACAAUUCGGUUAAAACAUCACUUUCAAUAUUAAUGGAAAACUAGUUGAAUUAAAAAGAGUCAAUAUUAAUUACCUAGUUCAUAAGUAUGUAAAUAUGAUCUACAAACAUAAAGCUAAAAAUGAUUAAGGGUAUUUAUACAUAAUUAAUAAUUUAGUUUAUCACUUGAGGAUUUCAAAUCUUUUGUUAAGUUACAUCCAAAAAUAUUUGAAGGCCUUUACAAAGCUUUCAAUUUUGAUGUCUGGGGUUUUGAUACUAAUGCCGCUGUUCCUCGUAUGAUGAUGACACCAAAAGAUCUUGAAGGAGAGGUUAAAAAAGUAAGCAAGAAAAAUCCAAAAAUUAGCAAUCCAAGAUAUUUUAAAUUAAUGCAGAGGUUCUGCUUAUCCUUUAAGACUAAAGAAUCGACCUUACCUUCUAGUAAAAAAUAGUAUUGAGUUAUUAGGGAUCUUUUGCCUUGAUGGCUUAACAAUCCAAGAAAAAGUAAACAACUAAGAAUAACAAUAUGGAUUUGAAGUUUCUCAUAAAGAUAAACUAUAUUAAACAAGAGCAUAUAUGUGUUAGGAUUUCGAGGAUUAUAAAAGGUGGACCAACAGUUUAUAAAUGUUUUAAAAGUAUUUAAUUUUUCAAUCUUUUUGAGCUUCUGUGAAUGACUAUUAUUCAAUUCUUUAGAAGAUUGGAGAAGGCAAAUUUUCUAUUGUUUAUCUUUGUGAAUGCAAAAAGGAUAGAUAAACGUUAGCUAUAAAAAUUAUUGAAAAGUUUAAAUUGUCUAAAUCUGAGAAAUUAAUGCUUGCGUAAUUUUAGUAUUUAGUUAUAGUCAUGAGGUAGAAAUCAUGAAAUUGCUUAAUCAUUCUUGUAUUGUUCGUUUCCAUGAAAUCAUAGAAACAAAAACACAUUUAAAUAUCAUCACUGAAGUUGUGAGAGAUGGGGAUUUAUUUGACUACAUUAUUAAAAAUGAAAAUAUUAAUGAGCAAGAGGCAUCCUUAAUUAUGAGUUAACUUUUUGAUACUCUAAAUUAUAUUCAUAGUGUUGGCAUUGUUCAUAGAGAUUUAAAACCAGAAAAUAUUAUGAUUGUUUUGGAUGCUACAAAAAAAAAUGUAAAGCAAGUCAAAAUUAUUGAUUUUGGCUUUGCUAAUUUUUUAACAAAUAUUUAAACAAAAGAAGGAGAAGCUCUCUGCGGAACUACUAAUUAUCUAGCACCUGAGAGUUUGGAAUAGAAAAAAAUUGACUUUAAAGUUGAUAAUUUUGCCUUGGGAGUUAUCCUAUAUUUUCUACUCUCUGGUACUUGAAAUAUUGAAGUAAAUUAGGUUACUUGCCCUUUGAUUCUGAAUUUCCUGAGGAUAUAAUUAAAAAUAUUAUUGAAUGCAAAUAUGAUAUCCAAGAAGAGUUUUGGUAAUAGAUCUCAGAGGAUGCAAAAGAUUUGAUAAAGAAACUAUUAAUGAAAGAGCCAGAUGAAAGAAUUUCUUUGUAAUCUGCUUUGGAGCAUCCAUGGAUUAAAGUAUUAGUUUACAAUAAUAUAGAAUCGAAAUCAAUUACCUACUAAAAAGGCUUAGAGAGUUAAAAAUAGAUUAGGGUUGUUUUGAUUGAUGAUUUGAAACAAAA